AUGGCAUCCAAUGAAAUGGAUUCUCCAGUAAUAGAUAAUGCCUUAUGUAUCGACCCAACAGCAGAUUAUUGCUCUGAAAGUUGUCAAUUUGAACCAUCAUAUUUAUGUUCACCAUGUCUGACUGUUUUAUGCGGCGGGUGUAUGGAUGUACUCUUUAAGCAACUCGCACAUGAAUACCUUUCGGGUAAUUUUGUAUAUUCCAGAGGACAAUUCACUAACUUUUCCGAAGGUAACAGUGAUUACUUCUGUUUGGAUAAAAGUAUGUUGUCUAUUCCCAGAUCAAGUACACCUCAAAGACCUCGUCCUUCAUGUCUUCCUUUAUCGGUUUAUGACCAUUCACCGCUAGUUUUAUCAAUUGCUAUCGCAUGCGUAUGCACUGAUACAUUGGCUGCACAUGCCAUCAUUAAUCUAUUGUCGUGCGCAGGGUUCUGUAUGGCUUCCUUUAUUUCAAAAACUUCAGAGCAUUCAGUUGAUCAUCGAUCUGAUCAUUGCCAGGAUUAUCACCAUCGUCGUCAACACACUAGUCUGAAGCCUUCAACUUUGUCUGCUUCAGAGGAGAACAGUAUAUCAGAUUCUUUAGUGCUAACUGCUACAUGGCCUCUACCAACAACAAGAUUGUUUAUGUCUGGUUUCUCUAGUACACCUGUUCCAAAUCCAUCUAUAAUAAGUUCAUGUAAAGACGUAGAGUCACUCAAGAUAUACGAUGGCCAAGUUCACAUUCAUUUAAUGUCACACCAUACACUAUUGAAUAAACUAUUGUUGUAUCGAGAUUAUAUUACAAGUAAAUCUGAACAAUCUAAUGGUAUAUUACUUGAAGAAAACAAUGUAGACUUAAGCACUACGAAUUCACACCUCCUACCCUAUUCAGGGAUAAUCCUUUUUACUAGCGCUCCAUCUCCUGCUGAUAAAGAACAGUCCAAUGAAUUAUCACAGGAAACUGGUGAAAUCUCCCCGCCUACACACUUAUCAAAGAAACUCCAAGAUAGAGUUAUAAAUUCUAUGAAUUUGCGUGGGGUAAAUAUGCAUGAUUGCAGUUCGUCACCUCAAUUACUCUUAAAUGAUCACUCACCUGACGAAAAUGAGUGUGAUUUUAAGGCACAUGUAGAAUGUGACCACUCCUAUGAAUUUCCUUGUUCUCUUGAUCAGUUAUCAUGCACGUGUUGCAACCUAUUUUACAAUAAAAAAGAAAUCAAUGCUUUAGGUUGUGUCUGUGGUCAGUGUUGUAAUUGUGUGCAUUCGUUGAAAAAUUCCAACAACAGUUCUCUAUUGCAUAUUAAACCUGAUACAUGGAAAGACAAAAGAUUAUAUUCCAGUUUAAUGUGUCCACAUCGUAGACGUUCUUGGGAAGCAAGAGUUGCAGCUGUCAAUUCAAUUGUUGAUCAAGUACCAAGAAAUAUUCCUCAUUUAGUUCUACUAACCGAAUCGUCCGAUUAUAGUGCUAAGUCAGGAGAUCUACCACCAUCUAUUUAUCCUGCCACCGAAUCAGUAAGAUCCUCUACAUUUUCCAAUCAGUCGUACCCUAACAUGUCAUGUGAUAAAAGUGAAAAAUCAUCUAGUUCAUUGAACCGUGAAUCUUGUUCAUCCGAUUGGAUGCCUGUCGGGACAAAUAUCCUAGGUUUUUUGAAGAUAUUUUUGUGCGUUUUAAUUAGAUUUGUUUUUUAUUUAUUUAUUGAUAUAAUGCCCUUUAGUCUAUUCGACAUACUGCCCUAA